AUGGCUUCCUCUCCUCCAAACCCGCCCUCUCGACAGACCUCCAACCGUAAUUCAUCAAGCAGACAAAACAUGAGGGCUUCCGGAUCUGUUGCACAUUCUCCAAGUAUUCCACAAAGGUUGCGCAGUGAUGAAUCUUGGAUCGAUAUAUCAUCACAGCCUUCCUCCUCCUCCCUCUCCUCCAUCAACGAUGAAAUUGUCACCACUGGGCUUCGUGUCCAACAAGAUCGCAAUCCCAACGUGCGGAGACGACAGUGGCCCCAGCCAGGCGGACCAUCCCACGUAAACCUCGAAACGAGACAAACAGGCACGAGCAGCCAGGAAGAAUACGAAGAGAGUGAGAGCGAGGAUGACCAAGUUAUCACUAGUUCGACCGAGCGUAUUACUCCCGGCACACGGCUCCUCAGCAUGCCCCAGCCAGAGUUCGACGGCGGAUCAUCAGAUGAGGAUGAGGAUGACGACGAUGAGAAUAGCACAGCCCUAGGAGGAAGAACUGCCGAGCCAGUCUUCACACCACAGCCUAACGCAUUCUCUCAUCCCCCAUCCUCGCGACACCACAGUUCCGUCGGUCGUGACUCUUACUUCCCCGGCCAGAGACAAAACAACGAUAGAAACGGCUACCCAGCACGCAGACAAUCCUCUUAUAGCCACCAAACAGACCACGAUGCAGCCCUCCGAGCCUCUCUUACAACCCUCCUUUCCAUCGGUGCAGCCACCGCACGAGGCUUACCGAAGAGAAACCAACCCAGUAACACAAUGCCCAGCAACGAUCAAAUGGGUCUCCGUCUUGUGCCCGAAUCCGAGCUUGUAGGCGGUGCUCCAACAGCCCGGGCGAACACUUCCCAUCCCCGCACGCCAUCUACGCGUGUACGGAGCAGCCCUAGCAUCUCCAGCCAAGAGGCCGUCGAAAAAGGGAAGCGGAAAGCUAGUACCAGCGCAGCUACAAAAACGGGCGACAAGGCUCGAGCGGAGAAGAAGCGUAGAAAGAGUGCGCAAGUUGUAGCAGUAGGAGAGGAGACUUUCCUUAGCCCUACGCUCUCGGCGUGGGUUAUGUCCGCCAGUGUGUUGAUUCUCUUCAGUGUUGUGGGAUUUGGAGCCGGCUACGUUAUUGGACGCGAGGUUGGGAGACAGGAAGUCCUAAGCGGAAUUCAUGGUACCAGCUUCACUGAUGGCGGAGGUUGCGGCAGGGAGGUCGCGAGAAGUGCCAGAGGGAGCGGCGGUCUGAGGAGGUUGAAUUGGAGAAUCGGCCGGAGUGGAACGAGCGUCAUUGCAUGA